CUCCCGACGGCGGGCUGGGCGAUGUCCAGGGGCCCGGGCUCCGCGGUCCUACCCCCUGCUCUAGGAUCCCGGAAGCCCGCCCCCCGGAGCCUCAGCUGCCUCUCGGACCUGGACGGUGGCGUGGCCCCAGAGCGGCGGCCCUGUAGGCCCCCGGGAAUUCCGGGUCACGCACCGCUACCGACGCCGGCGCCGUCGGGCUGCGACCCCCGCCUGCGGCCCAUCAUCCUGCGGCGGGCGCGCUCGCUGCCCAGCUCCCCCGAGCGCCGCCAGAAGGCCGCGGGCGCGCCGGGCGCUGCGUGUCGGCCGGGCUGCAGCCGGCAGCUCCGCGUGCGCUUCGCCGACGCGCUGGGACUGGAGCUGGCGCAGGUCAAAGUGUUCAACGCGGGAGACGACCCAUCGGUGCCGCUGCACGUGCUGUCGAGGCUCGCCAUCAACUCGGACCUGUGCUGCAGCAGCCAGGACCUGGAGUUCACCCUGCAGUGCCUGGUGCCCGACUUCCCGCCGCCCAUCGAGGCCGCCGACUUCGGUGAGCGCCUGCAGCGGCAACUCGUGUGCCUUGAGGGCGUCACCUGCUCCGACCUGGGCAUCAGCGGUACUGUGCGAGUGUGCAAUGUGGCCUUUGAGAAGCAGGUGACAGUGCGUUACACCUUCUCAGGCUGGCGCAGUGCACACGAGGCAGUGGCCCGGUGGCGUGGGUCUGUGGGCGCAGAGAGCACUGAGGAUGUCUUCACCUUUGGCAUUCCAGUGCCGCCCUUCCUGCUGGAGCCCUGCUCUCGCGUGUACUUUGCGCUGCGCUACCAAGUGGCAGGUGCUGAAUACUGGGACAACAAUGAUGGCCACAACUACAGUCUCACAUGUCGCAACCACGCGCUGCACAUGCCCCGCGGAGAGUGUGAGGAGAGCUGGAUCCACUUCAUCUGAGUCUCACCUAAGCCGCACCUGCAGUCGUUUCCUGGCUGGGCUCUCACAUCUAGGUGGUUGUUCUUCCGCACUCUUCACCGCAUCCAAGUUGUGUGACCUCGCUUCCUGCUGCAAGGCCCCUUGGCAGUGGCCCGUCUUGUCUCCUACUUGAAAAGUCUGUGUCACU